AUGUACGAUAUUGCUCCGAAAAUAGAUGGUGCUGUGUUUCCUGGUCUACAGGGAGGGCCGCACAACCAUACGAUAUCUGCUAUUGCUGUUGCACUGAAGCAAUGCCUGACAAAAGAAUUCGUCGAUUAUUCCAAACAAAUUUUGAAAAAUUCCAAGGCCUUAGCAAACAGACUGAUUGAACUUGGUUAUACAAUCGUCACAGGCGGAACAGAUAAUCAUCUGUGUUUGGUGGAUUUACGCCCCAAAGGUUUGGAUGGUGGCCGAGUGGAGCAUGUGCUUGAUUUGGCUCAUAUUAUAUGCAAUCGUAAUACUUGUCCAGGUGAUCGAAGUGCAUUGCGACCAGGUGGAAUUCGUUUAGGUACGCCAGCUUUGACAACCAGGGGCUUGACAGAAGAGGACUUCGUUAAAGUUGCUGAUUUUAUACACAAAGGGGUGGAAAUUUUAUUGAAAUAUCAAUCAAAAACUGGUAAAACGCUGAAAGAUUUGAAGGCAUUUACGAGUUCGGAUGCUGAAUUCAAAAACGAUAUUAUGAAAUUAGGCGAAGAAGUUCAGCAAUUCACAAGUCAAUUCGACAUACCCGGAAAUGAAGAUAUUUGA